CAGGCAUUGAAGCUCAUGACUGACCUGAAAGCCUACUUCAGUGGUCAGCCUCCUUUUGCUGGCAGAAAAGCCGACACACAUGAAUGGUGGUCAUUACUCAUUAUUGAUGCCUUCGAUCACCCUCUCAAGACACUCACGAGCCAUAUACAUAAGAUUGUACCCCAUGCUGCAGAGGUGGAGCACCUCUUCUCAAGCCUCGACACUUGUCCCUAG